GGCUACCGUAGGUGCACCAAGAACACCUAGCACCUACUACCGUUCUACUCCGCCUUCCAGUCCACCGCACGUCGCGCGCUCUCUCCCCAUAAUCUUCAGGACCUUCCGGCACCGGGAGCCCAAGCAAUGGCGCGCAAGAAGAUCCUAGAGUACGACUCUAAGCGCCUCCUAAAGGAGCACCUCAAGCGCCUGGCCGCCAUCGACCUCCACAUCCUCUCCGCCCAGAUCACGGAAUCAACAGACUUCACAGAGCUUGUGAACCAGCAGCCAUGGUUGUCGACCAUGAAGUUGGUCGUCAAGCCCGACAUGCUGUUCGGGAAGCGUGGGAAGAGCGGCCUUGUGGCCCUCAACCUGGAUAUUGCUCAAGUCAAGGAGUUUGUGAAGGAGCGGCUGGGAGUCGAGGUUGAGAUGGGCGGCUGCAAGGCUCCGAUUACAACCUUCAUUGUUGAGCCAUUUGUGCCCCAUGACCAAGAGUACUAUCUUUCAGUUGUCUCGGAGAGGCUGGGUAGCACCAUUAGCUUCUCAGAGUGCGGAGGAAUUGAAAUUGAGGAGAACUGGGACAAGGUUAAGACAGUAUUUCUUCCAACUGAGAAACCAAUGACACCUGAGACAUGUGCUCCCUUGAUUGCAACCCUUCCACUGGAGGCACGUGGAAAAAUCGGCGAUUUUAUUAAGGGAGUGUUUGCUGUAUUCCAAGACUUGGAUUUCUCAUUUAUUGAGAUGAACCCAUUUACCAUGGUGAAUGGAGAGCCAUAUCCUCUGGACAUGAGAGGAGAAUUGGAUGACACAGCAUCUUUCAAGAACUUCAAGAAGUGGGGAGAUUUAGAAUUCCCUUUACCAUUUGGCAGAGUUCUCAGCUCUACAGAAAGUUUUAUCCAAGAUCUGGACGAUAAGACGAGCGCAUCUCUGAAGUUCACUGUUUUGAACCCAAAGGGACGCAUUUGGACAAUGGUUGCAGGAGGCGGUGCCAGUGUCAUAUAUGCUGACACAGUUGGAGAUCUAGGAUAUGCUUCAGAGUUAGGAAAUUAUGCAGAGUACAGUGGUGCCCCCAAGGAAGAGGAGGUUCUGCAGUAUGCUAGAGUAGUACUUGAUUGCGCGACUGCUGAUCCCGAUGGCCGCAAGAGAGCUCUUCUCAUUGGAGGUGGUAUAGCCAACUUCACUGAUGUUGCUGCCACAUUUAAUGGCAUUAUUCGGGCGUUAAGAGAGAAGGAAUCCAAGUUAAAGGCAUCCAGGAUGCACCUGUAUGUUCGACGAGGCGGUCCAAAUUACCAAACUGGACUAGCAAAAAUGCGCAAGCUUGGUGCAGAAAUUGGCGUUCCGAUUGAGGUGUAUGGACCAGAAGCGACAAUGACUGGCAUCUGCAAGCAAGCAAUUGAAUGCAUCAUGGCUGCAGCAUAAAUCGGGAUACAGUUGAUUAUUAGUUCGGGAUCUACAAACAAGAAACUUGAUGAGUAGUCCACGUCAUAUGGUUGAUCAGUAAUUUCGGAAGCUAUUUGACCAAACACAUAGAUUGUUGUCACAAAGAAACCUCUCCUGCUGUAAUGUGAGAAACGGAGGUUUUAUCAUUCCUUAUUUUUGUUUUGCUCGUUGAGCUGCAUUGCACCACCCUGUUUCACCAUACUGUAAUAUUCUUGAUACAAUUGCCUCGUAUACAAAACUUCAGGUUCAUGUGCUUU